AUGAAUGCUUUGGCCAACGUGCGUAGUCUUCGGGUGCAAGGUUGCUCAACUUUACAGUUAAUCAAGCAACGGUCGAGCCCUAAGCUUCUAGAGUCUGCUUUAGCCGCCAUGAUCAAGUCCAGCCAAAAUCAAGACUGUUUCUUAAUGAACCAAUUCAUCACUGCCUGCACUUCCUUUAAUCGCCUUGAUCUCGCGGUUUCCUCGAUGACCCAGAUGCAGGGACCUAAUGUUUUCGUCUACAAUGCGUUGAUUUUAGGCUUCGUUACUUGUUCUUACCCGACCCGAUCUCUGGAGUUCUAUGUCCGUAUGCUCAGGGACUCUGUUUCUCCAUCAAGCUACACAUACUCUUCACUCGUAAAGGCCUCUGCUUUCGAUUCUGUGCUUGGGGAAUCGGUUCAGGCGCACAUCUGUAAAUUUGGAUUUUGUUUCCAUGUUCAAAUUCAGACGACUCUCAUUGGGUUUUACUCGGCAUUGGGUAGAAUCAGGGAAGCCAGGAAAGUGUUCGACGAAAUGCCUGAAAGAGAUUAUGUUACUUGGAGCGCAAUGGUUUCUGCUUAUCGCCAGGUCUUGGAUAUGGACUCCGCCAUCUGCUUAGCUAACCAAAUGCCGGAAAAGAACGUCGCUACGUGGAACUGUUUGAUUGAUGGAUACACGAAACUAGGCAAUGUGGAACUAGCUGAGUCAUUGUUCAAUCAGAUGCCAGCGAAGGACAUAAUCUCAUGGACGACUAUGAUCAACGGCUACUCGCACAACAAGAGAUAUAGAGAAGCAAUCUCGGUGUUCUACAAAAUGACAGAGGAAGAGAUUGUUCCUGAUGAAGUGACUAUGUCAACUGUUAUUUCAGCUUGCGCGCAUCUCGGCGUGCUGGAUGUAGGCAAGGAGGUUCAUAUGUACACGGUGCAGAACGGGUUUCUUCUCGAUGUCUACAUUGGCUCUGCACUUGUAGAUAUGUACUCCAAAUGCGGUAGUCUGAAUCGAGCGCUUCUGUGUGUGUGUGAAAAAUCCAGCUUGCAGUUAGCUUUGGAUAAGCGAAGAUCCUUGUAA